UCAGUCUGUCCGCGUCUAUCACGAUGUCCGUAAAGCUCGAGACCGUAUCCACCAACAAGACGUUCGAGGGGACGCUCACGAAGUACAAGUUCAAGUCUGCGGCACUCGGCGGUCUCGAUGCGCAGUUCAACCUUUUCAUUCCACCCAUCGCCAGCAAGCACAAAGUGCCUGUGCUCUUCUAUCUUGCUGGCUUGACCUGCACGGAGGAUAAUGGCGCACAGAAGGGCGGGUUCCUUGGCGUCGCUGCUACCCAAGGCAUCGCCAUAAUAUUCCCUGAUACUUCUCCUCGCGGCGCGGGCAUCGAGGGCGAGGACGCGGACUGGGACUUUGGGACGGGCGCAGGCUUCUAUGUGAACGCGACCAACCCCAAAUACUCCAAGCACUAUAACAUGCUCACGCACGUUACGCUUGAACUUCCGCAAGUCAUCGAGGCGGCCGGUCUACCCAUCGACUUCAAGCGGCAAUCCGUCAUGGGACACAGCAUGGGUGGCCACGGCGCGCUCACCAUGUACCUCGCCUCCCAAACCAAGCAAUUCCGCUCCGCAUCCGCCUUCGCCCCUAUCGCCAACCCCACCAAGUGCCCUUGGGGCGAGAAGGCCUUCUCAGGUUACCUCCAGGGCGGCACGGAGGAGGCGAAGGCGACCUAUGACGCGACGGAGCUCGUCGCGAAGCACAAGGACCCCGUGCACAUCCUUAUCGAUUAUGGUACCGGGGACAACUUCUACAAGCAGGGCCAGCUUUUGCCGGAGAACUUCCUGAAGGCUGCCCGAGAUGCGGGCUAUGACGAAGUCCAGGUCCGCGUGCGUAGCCAGGACGAUUAUGAUCACAGCUACUACUUCAUCUCAACCUUCGCGUCUGAUCAUGUACAUUUCCAUGCGAACUUCUUGAAGGAGGCAUAGGCGCAAGAAGGAACAGAAAGAGAAGGGACGAAACGAUGUAUUCCGUAUAGCGAUGUAUGUAUCAUAUCAUAACGAUACCGUGAGCGACAGUCGAGACUUC